UCAAAUCUGAGUUUCAAUUCAAAAUCCAAAAUCUGAAAAUUCAAACCAAACCCUCACACUGAGAUAGUAGAGAGAGUCUUCGUGUUCGUGAACUUCAAACUUCGAUCUAUGUUGAACUUUCAGUUCAAUCUCAAAUCAUAACUUCUCAAAUUCGUCGCUUCACUUUUUUGUUCUUCACUUCAUCCUUCAGAAUGUUGAGGGAUUCUAAAUUACCACGCCGGAAUCUCGGCAAACACGAAGAAAUUGAAAAUCUCGAUCCGUCAGAUUCGUCGUUAUCAGCAGCAAAUCAGAGAUUCUCGGAAGCUUCUAGACCUCCUUUGAAUACUAUUCAAGAUAUUGAAAGAACUCCGUCGAAAACAGCUAAGCGUAAAGGAGGACCGGAGCUUCGAACUCCGGAUAGAAGCUUACAGUUGAAACAAAGGUUUGCAUGGCCUCAGAGAAGCGAAACUGUGUCUUCUAUGUUUGAUGAUAGAAGAGGAUCUGGAAUCGGAAAUGCUACCCCUAGGGUAAGCCGUACAGCGGUGAGAGCUUACUCGGAGAGUAAUUCGACGCAGAGUACUCCCACUAAGAGUGUGACGAAGCCUCCUCCUAGCUCGAUGAGUGUUCGAGGUAAAGCUGAUGGAAGCUUAAGCGUUCGUUUGGGGAAUUAUCCUGCAUUGUAUAAAGGGAUAUCGAGUACAUCUUGUACUCCCACAGUUGUUAAUACGGUUGAAGUUCCUCACUUCGACCUUAAAGAAGAUUCGUCGUUCUGGAUUAAUCAUAAUGUCCAGGUAAUUAUUCGUGUACGUCCUCUCAAUAGUAUGGAGAGGAGUAUACAUAACUAUAACAGAUGCCUGAAGCAAGAUAGCUCUCAAUGCUUAUCUUGGAUUGGGCAACCGGAAAACCGGUUCACGUUUGAUCAUGUUGCAUGUGAAACAGUAGACCAGGAGAUGAUUUUCAGAAUGGCUGGUCUUCCAAUGGUAGAGAAUUGUCUUUCAGGGUAUAAUAGCUGUAUGUUUGCAUAUGGACAGACAGGAAGUGGGAAAACAUAUACAAUGCUUGGUGAAAUUGAAGAUUUAGAUGUGAAGCCCAGUCCUCAUCGCGGAAUGACUCCUCGUAUAUUUGAGUUUUUGUUUGCCCGGAUUCAAGCUGAAGAGGAAAGCAGAAGAGAUGAGAAUUUAAAAUACAACUGCAAGUGUUCCUUCUUGGAGAUUUACAAUGAGCAAAUUACAGACCUACUUGAUCCCUCGUCUACCAAUUUGCUUCUGCGGGAGGAUGUCAAAAAGGGUGUUUAUGUUGAAAAUCUUUCUGAGUUUGAAGCUCAAAGUGUGAGCGACAUUAUAAGGCUUCUAAUUCAGGGUUCGGCAAAUAGAAAAGUAGCAGCGACAAACAUGAAUAGAGAAAGUAGCAGGUCUCACUGUGUUUUUACAUGUGUAAUUGAGAGCACCUGGGAAAAGGAUUCUACUACUAAUUAUCGAUUUGCAAGGUUAAAUCUGGUUGAUCUAGCUGGUUCAGAAAGACAGAAAACUUCUGGUGCUGAGGGUGAGCGUUUAAAGGAAGCGGCUAAUAUCAAUAAAUCAUUAUCUACCUUGGGUCAUGUUAUUAUGAUACUAGUGGAUGUUGCAAAUGGGAAGCAGAGGCAUAUCCCUUACAGAGACUCUAGGCUAACAUUUCUUCUUCAGGACUCUCUUGGUGGAAACUCGAAAACAAUGAUUAUCGCCAAUGUCAGCCCUUCUAUCUGCUGUGCUGCUGAAACACUGAAUACCCUUAAAUUUGCUCAGAGAGCGAAACUGAUUCAAAAUAACGCUGUGGUGAAUGAAGAUUCUAGUGGGGAUGUAAUUGCUUUAAAACAUCAAAUUCGGCUUUUGAAGGAGGAGAUUUCUACACUCAAACGGUGCCAGAAUGUUUCCAGGUCUUUGUCAUUUAGAGAUCUAAAACAAUCAGUAGAAGAUUUCCGGUUAGAAAAUGAAUCUGACAUGACUGAACAGAAUGAUGAUGAAUCCAAGGAAACCAGAAUGUCCUACAAUCAGUUGGAAUCGUUGCAGACAACUCUUGUUGGUGCUUUAAGAAGGGAGCAAAUUGCAGAAACUUCUAUUAGGCAACUAGAAGCAGAAGUUGAACUAUUAAACUGUUUGGUUCGUCAAAGAGAGGAGGAAACUAUGAGUUGCAAAAUGAUGCUUAGGUUUCGUGAAGACAAAAUUCGUCGAUUGGAAUCUCAAGUUGUUGGUUCUAUUACUGCAGAUCAAUUUUUGCAGGAAGAUAACAAAGCACUUUCUGAUGAGAUUCAAUUACUUCAAGGAAAAAUUGAUCAAAAUCCUGAAGUUACACGAUUUGCUAAGGAGAAUAUCAGGCUUCAAGAACAACUUAGAAGAUAUGAAGAGUUCUAUGGAGAAGGGGAGAGAGAGAUUUUGUUAAGUGAAGUAGCUUCUCUAAGGGAACAGUUGCUCCCGUUUCUUGGAAGAAACUCUGUACAGGGUGAUUCUAAUAAUGGUACUCAACCUCAGCUAAGAAAUGCUCUUGAUAAGUUGGAGGAGUGCAGGCACAACUUAAAUUGUUGCUUAGAGGAGAAUGCAAGACUCAAUAGGGAAUUAGACUCUUUCCAUUCAAUGUCCAACAACACAAAUGCCACAAAGGUGAAGCAUGAACCCCAUUUGCUAAAACAUACGGAUGAUAUCUUGGAUUUGCACCUGGAGUUAGAUAUAAUAAAGAUCAUUCUGAAGGAAGAGAGGAUUUCCCGUGGUAUAUUGGAGGAGCGAGCAACAUGCUUAAAUCAUGAAAUUCUAAUGGAAAAAGACAAGCUUUUGCUGGCAAACAAAGAAUUAGAAGAUGCAAAUAAUGAACUGAAAGUGACAAAAUCUGUAAUUGAAGCUUUGGAAUCUCAACAGGUUUUAUCAAUCAAAGAGAUAGAAGACAUGCAGAACAAGAACAACAAUUAUCUGGAACUUGUUAAUAAACAAGAGCAUGAGAUCAUGGCUUUGAAGAAUCAACUUGCAUCUAAAGAUUUAAGAGACAGUUUAUCUUCCAAUCAUCCGAAGAUUGAUAAUGAGUACCCUUUACAGGUACGAUUCAGAAGGAUGCAUGAUUCUCUUGAAAAAGCCAAGCAACUGAACAUGUUUUACCAAAGUGAUCGUGCCCUCCAAAUAUCUAAUGAGGAAGAGAUGGAUGAAGUUCGCCGGCAAGCUGAGGCUGAAACUGCCGAGGUGAUUCUCUGUAUGCAGGAAGAACUUGCUCAGCUACAACAUCAAGUAACUGAUAGCCAUCAGAAGGAAAUAGAAAUGAAAGGGCGGAUAUUGCAAAUGGAAGCUGAACUGAAGGACAUGCAAGAAAAAUUGCUUACUGCUGUUGAUGAUAACCAAAGUUUAAGUGAAGAGCUUUGGCAUAGAGAUAAUGAACUCAAAUCAAUGGCAGAAGAAUGGGAAUUGUUAACCUCUGAGAUUGAAGAGAUUCUUGCUGAUGGAUGUCAGGCACUAGAUGUUGCCUCUGAUGAACUUGAUCAUAUAAGAAAUUCAUUUCCACAGAAAAGGAUAUGGAUUUCUGAACAAGUUGGCAUGAUGGUUAGGAAAAUCUCUGAGAAGGAACUACUAAUUGAUGAACUCGGAAGAUGUUUGGAGGAUGCUAGCAAUAAAAGAAGUGAUAUGGAGUCUAUGCUGAAUUCCUUACGAAGUGCAACUCUUGUAAUGACUGAAGCCCACCAGAAGGAGUAUGCAGAAAUAGAGAAAGAAAUUCUCCUGCUGACUUCACAACUGAGUGAAAAAACAUCUUCUGUGAAAUCGUUGGAGGAGCAGUUGAUAUUGGCUGAAGAUCGAAUCCAGAAAACAUCAAAUUGUGCAACAGUGGCUUUUGUAGUUGUGAAUAGGCUGUCAGAUGUGAAUCGUGGUUAUCUUGUUGACCUAAAGCACAAGAAUAAUUUGCUUGGUGAACUGGCAGAAAAUAAUGUCAGGAAGGAUACUCUUCUCAUUGAUCAAUCCACUUCGCUUGAACAAGCAGAGAGGCAGAUAGCUGAGUUGCGGGAAAAAUGUGACAAUUUAUGGCAAAAGCUGUCUGAGGAGAAAGAGCACUCUUUUGCUUUGGAACAAAAGGUUGAAGAUAUUGAAAAGAAUAUUAUUUCAGAGACAAGGGAGCAACUAUUAACAUUACAAGAUGGUGUAUCCUCAAUCAGGUCAUCCAUGGCCUCUUUUGCAGAUAAUUCCAAAUGUCUUGAGAAUAGAAAUUUGUUGGAUGUAUGCACGUCAUACAACGACGAUAAUGGUGAAUCAAGGGCUAGUUCUGAAACUCAUCAUCAAAUAGCUGUGAUGGCUGACUUAUCCUUUAAAUUGGCCAACAGUGGAUAUGACAAAAACAGCCCUAAACCAAGAAAUGUUUGCAAGGAUGCCCGUGAAAGAGAUGAUACCAUUACACUUUUGAGAAAAGAAAUAGAAUGUGCUCUUGAAAGCUUAAAGGAAGUUCAAGAUGAGAUAGCCAAAUUACAUGAAGAGAAAAAAGAGAUGUCAAUAUGUGAAAAGCAAAAUCAGGAAAGUAUCAAGUGCCUCACAACUCAAAUACUUUCCCUGCAAGCAGCUAUGGGGCACUUUGAAGAGCAAUCCAAAGAUAAGGUUGAAGGACUCAGUUACAAACUUAGAAACCUGGAGAAAACUCUAAAAGAAGCUGUGUCCUAUUGGAAUCAAACGAAAGAGUUGCUUGAGCUAGAAGUUGGGGAGGCAAAGAUCGUUCAAGUUCAAAAAGCUGAAGAGGCAUAUUGUAUUCUUGCUAAGUUUGAAGAAGCCCAAGAGACAAUGAAAGAAGCAGAUAUUAUGAUCAAUGAAUUGGUGAUAGCUAAUGAGUCAAUGAAGGUUGAUAUAGAAAAACUGAAAGAAAGAGAAGUCACAUUGCUCAGUGAGAACGAUAUAUUAUUCAACAAGGUUGAGAGCUUACAGACUAUUGUUGAUUUGAAGCAUCAGGAGAUAGGCAACCUUGUUGAAUCAAAUCUUAUAGAAACAAGGGGUUUAGUCAUGAAGGUGGAUGAUGUCAUUCAAGAGGUCCAGUUGAUGAUGAAGGAAAAUUUCAUGUCGUUAGCUUGUGAUAUAGAAUGCUUCAAGUCUCAAUUUUUAUGUUCCACCAAGUCGAUACAACCAUGGUUUGAGGAGAUCUGGUCUGAGAUAAUUUUGAAUGAUUGUGCUAUGUCUGUACUACAUCUCUGUCACACGGGUGUUCUACUGGAAACAGUAACAGGAAUGCAUGCAGAAAAUGGCUUGCUUUCACAUGGCAUGUGUGAAUCAAAAGCUGUCAUAAGUGAUCUGAAGGAACACAACUCUAGAAUGAGGCAAGAACUAGAAAUGUGCAGAAUCUUGAAAGAGAAACUGCUUGCUGACAUCCAGCACAAUUUUGACCGCAUUACUGGGAAAGAAGUGGAAGCUGGAGAGAUCACCAUCAAGCUAAACACUUUUGCUAAAAACCUAUCAGAUCUACAGCUUCAGGAGGAGAUGCUUCUACAAAGGUCUAAUGAAAUGGGUUCCCAGAUUGCUCUGUUGAUGAGGGAAUUGGAUCUGAGUAAUACAGAUGUUGUAAUAUCACUUUUAGAUCAAGAGAAACUACUGAAACAGAAAGUUGAAGCCACCGAGUCUCAAGCUGAAUUUUUUAUGGAAAAUUUGUAUGCCAAAGACAUUGAGCUACUCAUCCACACUUCUGAAUUCAGAAACAUGGCAUGUAAUAUAUCUGAUAUGGAGGGGCAUUUCAUCAAGUACUCUACAUUAAUUGAACAGUUAAAGAAAGAAACAAUAUUUUUCCAGGUAGAAACUGAGUUAGCAGAACAAGUUUUAAUGGAUAAGGAAAUUGAAGUUUCCCUUCUAAAACGAGAAGUUCAGAAGCAAAAAGUAGAAAAGGGAAACUUAUUGAUGGAAUUGAAGCAGAACAUCUCAAGGAUUACAGAGAUGGGUGAAGUUAACAAGGUACUUGAGCAGCAAAAUAUUGAGCUUCUAAAGGAUACUGAGUCUCAGGCUGAAUUGUUUGUGGCAGAUUGGUACGCCAAGGACUUUGAAUUGCUCAUCCGUGCUUCUGAAUUCAAAAUCAUGGCAUGUAAUAUAUCUGAUAUGGAGGAGCACUUUUUCAAGUACUCUACAUUAAUUGAACAGUUGAAAAAAGAAUCAAUACUUUUCCAGGUAGAAACUGAGUUAGCAGAACAAGUUUUGAUUGAUAAUCAAGUUGACGUUUCCCUACUAAAACGUGAAGUUCAGCAGGAAAAAGUAGAAAAGCAGAACUUAUUGUUGGAACUGAAGCAGAACAUCUUAAGAAUUACAGAGAUGGCCGAAGUAAACAAGGUACUUGAACAAAAUAUUGAGCUACUAAAGGACGUCACUUGCUCCAAUAGUGCAUUGAUGGGUGAGCUUGUUGAAGUUAGGGUGUCAGAGAAAAGACUACUGGAUAAGAUUCAAGAUCUUGAAGUUGAUUAUGAUAAAGUAAUUGGUGAUGUCAUAGCAAAGGACGUGGCUUCUGAAUUUUAUUCCCAUCAGAUUUCUUUUCUUGAAGAUCAAGUCAAAGAGUUAAAGAACACAAACUACAUGUUGGAAAAUUCAUGUUGCAAACUUAAGAAUGAGCUGCACCUAAGGGAUUCAGAGAUAAUUAGAAUACAAAGUUUAAUGCAACUUGAGUUAUCUAGAAAGGGAGAUGUAAUAAAAGGGUUGCUAUAUGAUCUGAGCUUACUGCAGGAAUCUGCAUCUAACAGUAAAGACCAAAAGGAUGAAAUGGACGAAAUGGUGGCCACAAUUGAAGCAUUAGAAUCAGAGCUUACAGUUAAAUCUGGUGAGCUUGCUGCUGUAGUUGCAAACUGUCAGUUGCUUGAAGCUCAGUUAAUGGAUAAUUCAAACAGAGUUACAGCUCUUGAGUUGGACCUCUCAAAAGAGCGUGAGGUUGUAAAGCUGCAAGUCAGUGAAAAUCAGGAACUUAGAGAUCGUAUUGAGGAUGCCACGAUGGCAAGAAAACUGGCUGAGGAGGAGCUAAAAGAGAGAAUGAGGAUAACAGAGAGUUUAGAGGAUGAAAUCUUGGAAAUGAGCAGUGUUCUUGGCCAAAUGAAUGAUUCGAUUAAAAACCUAAGUGUUGAUAGGGAUGCGCUAUCUAUUCAGAGGGAUCAACUUCAGGGUCAGGUGAUUUUACUCAAAGAAAGUUUCGAAAAAGCUGUAGCACAAGCUGAAGCUAAUGAAGCAAUUGCACAAGAGGCUCAGGAGAUGGCAGAAACGAGAAAAGUUUAUGCUGAAGACAAGGAAGCAGAGGUUGAACUUCUUGAGAGAUCUAUUGAAGAGCUGGAAAAUACCAUAAAUGUACUAGAAAACAAUGUUGAUUUCAUUAAAGGAGAAGCAGAACGACAACGGCUGCAAAGAGAAGAUCUAGAAAUGGAGCUAUGUGCAUUAAAAGAUCAGAUGCAAAAUCUAAGAAAUGCCGAUGAUGAUAUAAAAAGAUUUUUGGAUGAAAAGGAGAAAAGCCUUGAAGAAGCCGUAUGUCACAUACAAUUGCUGAAGAGUGAUAUAGCAGGAAAAGAGGCAGAGGUUGCACAAAUGAAAGCUCAUAUUUCAGAGUUAAAUUUGCAUGCUGAAGCACAGGCAGUGGAGUACAAGCAAAAAUUCAAAGCAUUGGAAACAAUGGCCGAUCAAGUCAAACCUGAAGGCGGCUUUUCCACUCAAUCCACCAAUGCUCUGUCAAACAAGUCUGAGAAAAAUGCGACCAAGUCUCGAGGUUCUGGCUCUCCUUUCAAAUGUAUUGGGUUGGGAUUGGCACAACAGGUAAAAUAUGAAAAGGUUGAAGAGCUGUCUGCUGCAAGAUUGCGCAUUGAGGAAUUAGAAUCUCAGGCAGCAUGUCGACAGAAAGAGAUAUUUUCACUGAAUGCCAGAUUAGCAGCUGCUGAGAGCAUGACCCAUGAUGUUAUUCGAGACUUACUUGGAGUGAAGUUAGACAUGACUACUUAUGUGUCGCUGCUGGAUAAUCAUCACGUGCAGAAGAUUACAGAAAAAGCUCAGUUUCGUACUCUAGAUCCUCAAGAGAAGGAACAGGAGGUUACUAAACUAAAGAGGCAGCUUAAUGAAUUUAUUGAAGAGAAGAAAGGAUGGCUGCAAGAUAUAGAUAGAAAACAAGCUGAGUUAGUAGCUGCACAGAUUGCAUUGGAAAAGCUCCGGCAGAGAGACCAGUUACUAAAAACUGAAAAUGAAUUGUUGAGGAUGGAAAACGCAAGUAACAAGACACAAGUAAUGGAAUUGGAGGAAGAAAUGAAGAAUCUGUCGGGUCAGCAAAACCUUCAGCAGCGUAUCCACCAUCAUGCAAAAAUUAAGGAGGAAAAUAACACCCUGAAGAUACAGAAUGAACAGCUGAAUGCAAAGUUACGAAGGGCAGAAAUCUUCGCUUCCCGUGCCCAAGAAGUCGUUUCUUCCAUUCGUGCUCGUGCUUCUACAGGGUCGAAAAAAUUUAUUGCUUUAGAUGAGGAGCAACGUCUGAGGAAAUAAAUUUACUGCUUUAGACGAGGAUCCAUCCACGAUAUAUUCUUUGAUUAACAUGUAAAUAACUAACAUGUAUAUGAGCUGUGUACAGUUUAAUUAAUGAGAUCGUUAAUUUAUACAAGAGCUAUGUUGUACUAGAAAAAACAUAUGUCUAUCUCAAGGCUAUGUUGUGGAUAUUAUAGAAACAUGUAUAUUUUUGGUUUUGCCUUAAUCUUACUAUUUUCGAAGGAAUAGACCUUGGUAAUUUGGAGAUUAUCCGUGAAGUUAGAAUUCGAACUCGAAUUCUCUCUAACUGAAA